AUGACGACCAUUUCCGAUCUUCCACGGGAUUUGGUAGAGGAGGUGCUCUCUAGAGUUCCGGUGACAUCCAUGAGAACAGUGAGAUUUACUUGCACAAAAUGGAACACUAUAUCCAAACAUGAGAGCUUUACAAAGAAGCAAAUUGGCGAGGCAGCAAAGAAGAAGCAAAUGAAGGAGUCGUUUGUGAUCAUGACGAUGAAUUCUAUCGCUUAUCUAAUGAGCGUCAAUCUCCAUGGAAUCCACAAAGGGGACAGCGUUGAGUCAUCUAUACAGCCCAUAGGUAAAUUUAUCAGCCUUAAUAAUACAGCCUUUCACUGCGAUGAUCUAGUCAUUAAAGAUACAGUAUUGCACUGCGAUGGUUUAUUGUUAUGCUUCACCCUAGAGCUCAACUCUAGGCUUGUGGUUUGGAACCCUUAUUGUGGGCAAACAAGCUGGAUCGAACCGAGUAAGUCUUACCACGAAAUGGACAUGUACGCUCUCGGAUACGAGAUGAAGAACAAAUCGCAUCGAAUCCACAAAAUUUUGAGAUAUUUGGAUGCUUACGACGAGAGUGUAAAGCACAGAAUUCACGACUUUGAAAUAUACAACUUUGACACUAAUUCAUGGAAGGUUAUUGAGGUCACUCCUAGCUGGAAUAUAGGUUGUCGUGGCGUGUCUCUUAAGGGAAUACUUACUGGAAUGCUCGUAAAGGAGAGAUAG